AUGAGUCCCACCAGCUUCUUCUUCCUUACGGUGCUCCUCGUUCUGGUGACAGGAGCAGCUGCAAGGCCCCGUGAAAAAUUCUCUCAAUCAGCUGAAGACCCUUCUAGUAGUAACAUGGGUCUAAAGAUCCGGGUGAGCAGCAGGGGAUCAAGUUCUGCCUCUGAGGAAUACAGCCGAAGUGAGGACUCCUGGAGUAACUUGAAAUCAAAACGUCCAAGCAGUGUCAGCAGUGAGAGCUCCCAUGAGGAAAGCAGUAGCGAAAUGAGCAGUAGUAGCAGCAAUUUUGGUCUCAAAAUGAAAGCAUCUCAAGGAGGAGAAGGAAUGGGUUCCUUUAAAACCAAGGUCAAGAGCCGGAUGAGUGUCAAAUAA